AAAGAAAGUCAAACAGUUUUCAGCUUCACUUUUACUUGCCAAGACAAACAGUUGAAUGGUUCAAUCUUGGGCAAUGCUCUGGAUCUGACUCUCUCUCUUGAACUCCGUCAUUGGGUGGCAGCAGCAUCAGACACUUUAAAAAGAGAGAAAAGUCUUCAACUUUACUCAGCCUGCGAAGCUGGUUGGUAUGGAGCACUAAUCUUUCUGUUCAUGAAGUGCUAGAAAUUCAUAUUGAUCCCCAUUUGUUUAAUUCAGCUUUUUAUGUAAUUUUGUAGCCAUUGAAUUGAAGUGAAUGAAUGAUCUCGGCUCUCAUAUUCAUGAUUUGAUGCUCUCUUUUUUUCUUCUGAAGUUUGGAUUUUUUACUUUACAACUGUGAAGUAAUCCAUAUAGUUUCUGGGUUUUUGUCUUAGAAGCAAUACAGAGUGAAAGAACAAACUUUGGUCGAAAAUUUUUAGCCUUUGCAGAUUAGAGUUAUUGGAUUUGCUUGGUAUAUAGUCAUUUUGUAUUGGGUUGCUGGUGUGAUCAAGGAAGUAAUUAGAUCUUGUACUUGUGGUAAAAAUGGAUUUGCAUUUGAAGAACGUGUUUGAUAGAUUCCAGGAGCAAUUUGGGUCUGGUCCGGGGCUUGGUCCUGGAUCCGGGACAUGUCUUAUGAAGGUAGAAGGCAUUUCUCCAAAUUUUAUUAAGUCAGUGUUUAAAGCUUCGGCAGCUCUAUAUAGGACUGAUCCAUGGAAAAGAUUGUGCCCAGGGCAUCUGUUCGGCAUCCGGGUUGGGAAAGAUACGGAUUGGUCUGGCAAGAAACAGCCUUUCCCAUGUGUCCAAUUCAUUGGAGGGGAUGGUGGCGAUAUUGGCUUUAAUAUGUUUCGAUCUCAAAAUGAUGCUAAGAGGAUGACUGGUUCAAGAGAGACAAUUCAGGUGCCCAAUGUUGAGCUUUUACGGGUCACAUAUGAACGCGAGUCAUUGAUGUUUCCCUCUAAUAGGAAAAUGAUCAAAUCUUUGUCAUUGGAAGCAUCAGGGAUCGAUCGCUUCCCUGUUAUUGAUGUUGCCCGCUGCACGUCGUCAGGGACUCUUAGAUUUAGGCAUCCAACUCCUGAAGAGCUUAGGUUUGUGUAUGCAUUCAUGAAAGCCAUAGCUCUGGUGCACCCAUUGCUUCAGGAAGACAAAGAAGGUGGUCCAAAGUGGUCAAGGUUAAUGUACUUUGAACCAUUUAUCGAGACGGUUGAUGUUCAGUGGCCACAAGAAAUGGCCAAAGGUUAUGAUCUCGUUGCAGUUACAAUCUCACACCCACCUGGUCAGGCAUAUGAAGAAAAGACUAGUUCAACGGCUAGCUCAACCCCAACCAAAUAUGCAGAACUAUCAAGGGAGGAGGCUUUUGUUGAUAUAAGAGUCUACUCAAAUGGCAACUUGCGACAGUGUGCAGCAUGCGAGAAAGAAAUCCACGGUGAACAGGCUCUCUCGUGUGUACGAUGUCAAGCAGUGCUCUACUGCAGUUCUGUCUGCCAGAAGCAGCAUCUGAAGGAAACACAUAAGAGCAUGUGUGGUCUUUACAAGGCUAUGAUGGAAAGGGAAGAAGAGCUGGCAAUGAAUAUCUUCAUGUUCCCCUGUGCUGCUGACCAACCUUGUAAAUGGCUUGAAUCAUUGGGCAUCCAUCAGAAGGGCAUGUGGAGGAGAAAGUGUAGUUGCUAUUCUCACUGCCCCUUUGGUCUUCUUCCUGUUAAAGGUGGACUCUGGGAUUCUUGGGGAGGGCUCAAUGAUGAAGAGUUUCCACAUGACUCGUCCUUUCAUCAUCAUGUAAGAGAUGGUAUGUCAAGUCCAAUCCUCCUCUCUGGCUGGUCGGAAUACUAUAAUCUUCGCUCGCUGCCAUUGUCAAGCCCCAUUGCCGACAUCCUCUCCCACCCAUUGACCGUUUAUUACAUAUUGACAACUCUCAACAUCAGUUCAAAGAACUUACUAAUGAAAGGUAAGGAGGUGGUUGUCCACUACCUAGGUCCAGAGGGAGAGUUGGAUUGGAUGCCAGCAUUUGCAGAGGUUGGUCAUUUGCUCAAUGGAUUGGGCAAUGUACAAAUUAUUAUGGUGGGUUCUGAAGUUCCAACAAAUUUGUCAGGUACAACUUCAGGAAUUGGUAGCAGAGUGAGAGUGAAUCUUGUCAGGGGUGUUUAUGAGGAGGAAGCCUCCUACCUACCUUCACCUCAUGUUAUUGUUGCACUAAACUGUGGAUUGAGUUGCUAUUCAACUUGGGGUGGAGCUCUUAACUCAAUUAAGUCCAUGGGCGUUCCAGCCUUCUUCACAGAUCAAUCUGAAAUCUCAUGUGCAAACGCUAAACAGGUUUUACGAAGUGCUGGACUGUAUAUCACACAUCCUGUGAUGCCAAAUCCUUUCCGCUCACCGGUGAAACAUCACGAGCCUUCUAGCAAUCUUCCUUCUUAUAGCAAUGGUUUUGUGCUUGGGGUAAAUACAUGAGUUGGGAACCAUGAAGUUUGAAGUCUCAACCUGAACUUAUUUCUGAUCGUUGUACUUAAUUCUCUAAUGAUUUUCUCUUUCUGUGAUGGCAAAUGGCAAUGACUUGCUAGGGAUGAAUGGGACAGCUAAUCACCAUCUUUGCCAUGAAGAUUGUAACCUUAGCAUUACUUCAUUUACUUGUUUUCUCCCAUUGAACUGUGAACUCAGUUGCUGCUAGACUUGAGCUUUAUCUUGGUUCUAUAUAUUUGUUCUCAGCCACUGUCUCAGGCUGCGAUGGCAUCAAUUCCGGUAGAGGCUCAUGUAAUAAUACAUGUUUGAUACUGGGGGUUUUUGUGUAAGUCCUUGUGAAUGUAUAUCCGGCAAUAUGAUAUUUUCAGUCGCUGGAAUCCCUAUUUCCAUA